CCUCAAAUGAAUACUAUCACUAGUAAACCAGCUUAUUUAACCAUCAUAUUUCCUCCAUCGGGUUUAACAAUGGUCCAUUUACAAGAUAAUCAACUCGAUAGUCAUCGACAGAUUCCAGUCACAGUCAAUUCUAUGUAUAUACUACCGAAUACACAUUUCUAUAAUUAUGUAAGUGAUCAUGGAGUUAACCAGCAUGUAUACACAACUGAAGAGUUGAGUCAUGUGAUCGAUAGCGAUUUCAGUCGCAUUGUAGCGGAUGAUCCUAAAACUGAACCACAUAUUGGCUAUAAUCGUAAUAAUUUGGAUCAACUGAAUCAGGUGUCUGAUACACAAGAUACAAUAGAAAACUUUCCAUUAAGACAAAUGAUACUUGGUCGAGCAUCUUCAAAUCAUACAUCGAAUACACAUAACAAACGUCCUCAACUAUGGAUCGGUGAAAAGAAAAAUUUAAUUGUAUCCUGUCAUACAUCACCAUCAAAACCUGCUACAACAAUCCAAUGGCAUUUAGCUGGUACAUUGUUAAUUCCAAAUUCUGAUAGAUCACCGGAUCAUCAAAAUUUCAUCAGUCAUCAUUAUACACUGAAAGAACAAAUUAUCAAUGUUUCCGAUAAAUCAUUGUUAUCACGUAAAGAUGAAUCGAUAUUGUUUCGUAAUGCAUCAUCAACAACAGCAAGUUUGACUGAUGAAGUACAAAUGCAAAUAACUCAAAGUCAAUUGACAUUGUUAGUUGAACGAAAAUAUCAACAUUGGCAAUUGGAAUGUAGCGUUAGUAAUUCAGAAGAUUUUGUCCCAGCAAAAUUACCAACUGUUACGGUGACCAUUGAACCAAUGUACAUAGAAAAUGUUAAGAUACGAAUCGUCAAUGAAACAGAACAUAUUUAUUUACAAGAAGGUCAAUUAGUGCAUUUUGAAUGUAUGGCAAGAACAAAUCCUACAACACCAAUUUACAGUUGGACAAUUGGAAAUCCAAUACCUUCAGUUGACAUUGAAACAUUCAGUCAAUUAAUGGAUAGUCAAUCAGCAGAGUUGAAUGAUCACAUUGAUGAUAAACAUGAACAUAGUUUAACUGGUAUUCAAAUGAAUGCAAGCAUACUGCAAUUAACAGUCAAUCGAGCAAUGCAUCAAAAACGUAUUCGUUGUUGGGUUGGUGUAGAAACACCGGAAUUGUUAGAGAAAAUUACAAAUGCUUCAUUACACGGUGUAUUAUUGAAUAAAGAUUCAACAUGUGAAUCAGAUUGUCGACAAUUGAGAAAUUCACUGAGAAAAAUAGUUAAAGAUAUGAUUUGGGCAAAAGGAGAUUAUCGUUUAGAAGUAACUUAUGGUCCAGAAUUUUCAUUACCAACAAAUGAUAUACUAUCCGGUGAAUUAGGUCAAACAGUUACAUUAGAAUGUUCAGCUAAUUCAAAUCCUGAAUCUGAUGUGUCAUUAUAUUAUAUUGGACCGGAAGGACAAGUUCUAUUAGAGGAACUUACAAAAGCUGAGCUAACUCAAUACGAUAUUCGUCAAAAUGUCCCGAUGGAUUCUAAACAUCCAAAAUAUGUUGUUUGGAAUAGUGAAACAGAACAUUCAGAAUUUAAUAUGAGUGUAAUGAAAACAGCUAUUCAUUCAAAUGGUAGAAAGCUAUUAGGUUCAGAAUUGAAACAUGUUUCACGUAAAUUACAUCUAACCAAUUAUGGACAAUUUGGUUUUUAUGCUUGUAUUGCUCAAACAACCGGUUAUCCACCCAUCUAUCGUACUGUCUAUGUAGGACAAGCUGCAUCACCGAAAAUUCUAAAAAUUGAUCAAUUGAUUGGAUCAGAUGGAACGUUUGCUAAAUUAUUUUGUACAAUCUAUAGUAUUCCUAGACCUAGUGUACAUCAAAUUACAUGGUCAAAAAAUGGAAUCGCUUUAAAGCCGGAUAAAAGAUUACGAAUUUAUCAAGAGAAAACUCAUCGUGGUGUAGCCAGUGUGUUAACGUUAAAAAAUUUACGUCCAAAUGAUUUUUCUACAUAUAACUGUACAGUAGUCAAUGAUCAUGGAACUGAUUGGAAGUUAAUUACAUUAACAUCUGACAACAAAUGGCCAUUAAUAUUUGCUAUCAUUAGUGGUUUCGCUGCACUAUUGGCUGCUUUAUUUGUAACAGUUUUAUGCUGUUUCAUCAAAUACACACGAAUGAAACGUAGUAGUAGUAGUUCAAAAAGUUAUUGCAAUUCUAAACGCCAAACUAUUCUACAAGAUAAUAAAGAAAACAAACAAAUAAAAUAUGGUGUAGAAUUAAAACCAAUGCUAAAGUGUAAAUCAUUACAAUCGGAUCAAUCGAAUUCCGAUCCGGCUGAAAAUAUCAUUCUAACAAAUUAUGAGUGUUAUCCACCUGUUCAAACUAUUGGAGCUGGUGAAUUGGAUAUAGUGAAAAGUGAGAAAGACAUUGGGAAGUGUACAAGUCAUGAUUUAAACGCUGUUGAUUUAUCCACAAAUUUUAUUGAAGAGAAUUAUUUGAAUUUCAGUUCUUGUACAUAUCCACACGAGAUUAUCCCUACAUUGUCCAGCAAUGUUUAUUCAACAAACCAUGCCAUAAUAUCAUGUACAAAUCAUCAAUCGAUCAAUUGCAACCAACAACCAUUUGGUACAACACUAGUUGACAAUCAAUUUAACACUGUAAUCAGUAAUAGUAUGUCAUCACCAUUUCAUACCUCUGAAUCAUUGACUAAUAUCAUUCCCAAUAUGAAACAAUUAGAUAUAACUUCUACUGAUUCUACUAAACCAUGUGUUUAUCAAUCGAAUGAUUUCAAAAACUCCAUAUCACCUCAAUCGCUGUUCCCCAGUUUUCCAAAUAAUUCUACAUCAUUGGGUCCUAUUUUUUUAAUGACUUCAGAUUUGAAUUAUUCCACUGGAAUUUGUCAUAAUCCUAUCAGUUCCAAUUCUGCGACUGUUUUAAUUCCACCGGUUAUUCUACAACCAACUAAUGAACAAACUUUCAUCAGUCAUACUUAUAAUUCAAUGUUAGACAAUACAAAUGUCAAUACCUCAGUUGUUUUCAAUACUAACAGUAGUAAUAUUAGUAGUACUAGGAAUAAUAUUCCAGAUAUUUCUAUUAUCCCAUUCAAUGUGAACAAUUAUCAACCAAGAUUUAAUGAUUGA